UCCCACUUUUUUCAGUCUCAGCGAAGCGUUUUAGAGACAAGCCAGCGGAGCAAAGAGACAUUAAACAGUCCAGCUGAGACCAGAGGGACAGUAGGGGACAGGACCACUUCAACUCAUAGAAAGGAGCGGAGGAUGUCCAGAGCUGACUGGUCCUUCCUGGAACACCUGCUGGAGGAGGGCCAAGAGUACUCAACAGCUAUUGGCCGAGUUUGGCUCACAGUGCUCUUCCUGUUUCGUAUGCUGGUUCUGGGAACUGCUGCUGAGUCGGCGUGGGAUGACGAGCAAGCUGACUUUGAGUGCAACACAAAGCAGCCCGGCUGCACUGCCGUGUGCUACGACAGAGCCUUCCCCAUAUCCCAUUUCCGCUACUUUGUCCUCCAGGUCAUCUUUGUCUCCACGCCGACUAUCUUCUACUUUGGAUACGUGGCCGUAGGAGCCAGGAAUGUUCUCAGAGACACAGAGGAUACGGAUGGGAACGACGGGAGGAAAACGGGUGUGACUGAUUCUGGUUUUAAGGAGAAAGAGAAAGACAAAACUGGUGAGAAUGGAAUAAAUUCUACAAAAUCCUUUUCUGAGGCUCCUAAACUGAAAGGCAGGCUGCUGGGAGCAUACGCCUUCAGUAUCCUGGUCAAAGUCCUGCUAGAAGCUGGAUUUAUUGCUGGACUUUGGUUCCUAUAUGAUGGAUUCUUCAUUGCAGCCAAGUUUGAGUGCACAGGUUUCCCGUGUCCUCACACUGUGGACUGCUUUGUCUCUCGGCCCACAGAGAAGACCAUCUUCACCAUCUACACCCAGGUGAUCGCUGCAAUAUCUCUGCUCCUCAACAUCGUCGAGCUCCUCCACCUGCUGAUGCUGGCCGUUUCCCUUCGGCUGAAGAAACGGAACUACCUACCUCGGUUUGAGCCGGUCCCCUCGGAGCAGCACAUGGAGGCGUCGCAGGCGUACAGCACAGGGAGGCUAGGGGAAAGCUCGUUACCCAGCAACCCCUGUGAGAGCUAUGCUGACUCGACCACAGAGGUUAACUGGGAACCAGGAGAGGUCGGGGACAACCUGCUCCCAAGUUAUGUGAACUGCACACAAGAUAUAAGGAAAACUAAUAAACACUUCCAGCAAACUGGGAAAAAUCUGAACAGCUCUUUUAAUUGGCAACAAAAAGAUUAUGUUUGAGGCUCAUGAUCCCGCACACGACACUAGACUAGCAGCAGUCACUCAGCUCGGUGGAAGCUCUGCCUCACGGGCCCUUUCUCAAUACUCGCUAGUACGUUCUUGUGUACUUAACAAGCACAGCAGGAAGUCCAUUCUACCGAGUGGAGGACGAGCACGGCAUUUGGAACAGAACUGUACUCCGUGGCGUUGUGGAACGAUCUGACAUAAAAAUAAAUGUUUCGUUUGUCCGUUAAAUAACAAUGAAUACAUAGGGCUUGUAUAAUAUUUAGUCCAGUCUUGAUCAAAUUUUGUGUGUGUGUGUGUGUGUGUGUGUGUGUGUGUGUGUGUGUGUGUGUGUGUGUGUGUGUGUGUGUGUGUGUGUGUGUGUGUGUGUGUGUGUGUGUGUGUGUGUGUGUGUGUGUCCUUGCAAGGAAAUUGAAUUGUAGGCACAUUCUCUUUGGAUUUGCACUGAACCCCCACCCCACCUUAAUGGUUCUGUUCUUAUCAUGGGAUGCACUGGUCUCUGGGUCCUGCUUGAUUCCCAGAAGGAUAAUUGCUGCAGAUGCACAUUAUAUUUUUCCAUUUGCACCCAGUGACUUCUGGUCACUCACAAGUCAGGGGACAUGAGCUACGUUCACAAGUGCCAAAAUUCCCCUAUCAGAUUAAAAUCUUGGUUGAUCUGAAAUCCCAAAUCUCUGUUUACAUGGACACUAACUGAAAUGAUCUGGUCAUGCUUUGAGUAUACAUGCACCAAGCAUUCAGUCAGGUUAAAUUGGUUGAGCAUGCGCAGAGUUGUCUUUCCUGGAAAAUAAUUGUAAACAAACGUCGUCUUGUCCGCAUAUAUUUCCCCUUGCGUUUUAUUUCCUUGUUGUCUAGCUUUAUAGUUUGCAUUUUUACCUGUAUGCUUUUGUUUUUGCUGAUCGCUGUGACUAAGCUACAGGCUUAGCGGUAACGCUACAGGAGAGGAGAGCAGGACAACUUCAGAUACGGUAUCUGUAUUAAGAGGCUUGCUUACUAGAGAUAACCCCAACCAACAUCCACACAGUUUACGGACAUGUCAGACAGCGGCUUACUCCCCAUCAUCUCGGCCAUCUGCUCGUAGAACUCAAAGCUGGCGGGGUCAGUCCCACUUUUGCCAAUUAGAGUUUUUGCCUUGUAAUAUGCCACUUUCAAACGAUUUCCAGCGAUUUUUUAUUUGGUCGAUACUUCGGUGAAUUCCCUCUUCCUGCAUCUUUAGAUGUACUUAAGUGUAUAACCCGGUGUUUCUAGACUUUCGGCCAUCGAGACGUUCAAUAAUAUUGAGCUUCCAUAGUGUUUCCAGUAAGAAAAUAGUGCCAGCAACAGACCGCUUCUGUUUACCUCUCGCCAUGUUUUGGACUUGUCCUGAGCAUCUGCAAAGGCGGAAAGCUGAAGUUGUACACAUGCACAGUGGGCAUUGUUUUACUCUAAUAGUUGGAAUGAUGAUCAGACAAACCAACCUCUCUCAAUCAGACACAUGAAGAAUAUUUGAUCUAAUUCAUUUGGAUCACUUGUGCCCAUGUAAAUAUAGCCAUGGUUAGCCUCAGGGUUUGUUUCUGGGUGCUAGUUCUGGUCUUUAGGGCCUUACAUGGACAAGUACCAUCAUACGUUGAUGAUCUUCCCAGUCCUUACACCUCCAGCAGGUCCCUGAGGUCCAGUGACCAAAGCCUACUGGUUUUGGCACCAGGCUAAAAACCAAAAGGUGACAGAUCAUCUGCUGCUGUGACCCCCAGACUCUGGAACUCUCUCCCCCUGAGCCUGAGAUCAGUGGACUCAGUGGUCUCCUUUAAGAAGCAGCUGAAAACUCACUUGUUCAGGUUUUGGUGGGACGUUGAGCUGAUUCUUCCUCACUACCUUCUCCUAAUCCUGUAUUACCUUUUCUUAGUCAUUUUCGUUCUUCCUACCAAUUAUAUAUGUAUAUAUA